AGUAUUUUAAGGGUAAAUUGCAUCAAUCUCAGCCACAUAAACCUCAUCCAACCUAAUCCAAAUGCAAUCCAGCUGAUUGCUUGCUGUCCACAAAGUUAAGCCUCUCCCCUCACCAAUCAAUCAUACAUAUACAACGCACCAACAAUUACAUCCUUCUGCAGAAGUAGAAGAUCUGCUCCAUCCCAAUGGCCAGCCUCUCUGCAGCACUUACCAUCCCUUCCUUCACUGGCCUGAAACUUUCCCGCAUGAGAUCCUCCAAGCCAUCACCAAUCCACCAGGCCAAGGCAUCUGCAACAAAGAGAGAUGUGCACACCAAAGCCUCUCUCAAGGAAGUGGGAGCAGCUGUGGUUGCAACAGCCAUGACUGCUAUGCUUGCGAGCAAUGCUCUAGCUCAGGAUGUGCUCCUCGGUGAUGGCGACGGUUCGCUUGUCUUUGUCCCCAGUGUGUUCAGUGUGUCAUCUGGGGACAAGAUUGUAUUCAAGAACAAUGCAGGUUUCCCACACAAUGUGGUGUUUGAUGAGGAUGAUGUACCACAGGGUGUCGAUGCUUCUGCCAUCUCAAUGAGUGAGGAGGAUCUGCUCAAUGCUCCAGGGGACACUUAUUCUGUGACUUUGACUGAGAAGGGCUCCUACACUUUCUAUUGUUCUCCACAUCAAGGAGCUGGUAUGGUGGGCAAAGUGACAGUGAAAUGAUUGGAUAUUUGGUCUUCUUUCUGAUGAAGUUCUGCAAAUUCAAAGUUUUUCGAUGAAGAGUCUUCUAUAUUCUGUAUUUUUAGUAGAUAUAUGUGAAGAGUCUCUGCUUAUGGUGAAUUUUUUCUCCUUUGUUUUGUAAUUCAUUCAACCUGUGCAGGGGGAAAAAACAGUAAGCAUAGUGUUGCUC